GCGUCCCGCUUUUACCCCUUCUUCUCCCCCGCCCAGAGCGACUCCCGACCACGAGCCCCGCCGACGAAGCUACCGCCACAAGACGCCGCCCGCAAGCAAGAGGGAGAGCUCCAAUCCCGGCAUUCAAUCCGAUCGGAGCGCGAUCCGGCAGGUCGGCGGCCAGCCAUGUCGGGGAUGUUCGGCAGGGUGUUCGGCAAGUCCAAGGAGCAGAGCCAGGCUACCGCGUUGGCCUCCAUCGACAAGCUCAGCGAGACUCUUGAAAUGUUAGAAAAGAAGGAAAAUUUGCUAAUGAAGAAGGCAAAUCUUGAGGUUGAGAAGGCCAAAGCGUUCACCAAAGCCAAAAACAAAAAGGCUGCGAUACAGUGCUUGAAGAGGAAAAGACUAUAUGAGCAACAGGUCGAGCAGCUUGGGAACUUCCAAUUAAGGAUACAUGAUCAGAUGAUAAUGCUGGAAGGUGCAAAAGCUACAACAGAGACUGUGGAUGCAUUGAGAACCGGCGCAUCAGCAAUGAAAGCUAUGCACAAAUCAACAAAUAUUGAUGAUGUUGACAAGACCAUGGAUGAAAUUAAUGACAAUAUGGAGAACAUGAGGCAAAUCCAGGAUCUUCUAUCUGCGCCUAUUGGGGCAGCAAGUGAUUUCGAUGAAGAUGAACUGGAAGCUGAACUUGCGGAUUUGGAGGGAGAGGAGUUGGAGGCAGAGCUACUAGCACCUACCACAACGGCUCCUAGCACUGCUCCAGUGCGUGUACCUGCUGCCCAGCAGUCGAGUCGGCCCUCUGCUAGUAAAACUGAAGAUGAUGAGCUGGCAGCUUUACAAGCAGAGAUGGCCAUGUAAUUAGUUUACAGGCCUUGGUGUGGUCUUGUUUAGAGAUCAGAUUCUGCAAAUAUAUAUUGGGACCACAGUGUUUUUAUGGAGGUCUUCCUAGAAAGAUGUGAGAAGUACACAGAAACGAGUUGCAUCUCAACCUGACCCCCUUAUGUAUGAUAUCUUGUCAUGCUAGUGCUUUGUAAUCAAACGUCCAAGAUGCGCUGUUGAGCACAUUGUCAGAUAAUAAAGGGCAUUCUGCCGUCAUUGUGUA